UGUUUCGCGAAAUUUUUCAAUCUUUUUAGUUAUAAGUGAAAUGUACUCCAUUAACAGUUUACAUAAUUAAUUAAGAAAAAAAAUAUUAUAGAAUUCUAUAAUUUUCAGAAAUAAUAGAGAAAUAUUGUAAAAAAAUACAUAUACGCAGAUAUUUCAAAGUGAGAAACUCAUAGAAGUUAAGAGAAUUAGGAAGAAGGAAUUUUUUAGAAAAAAAAAAGAAAAAAUAAGAUUAAAAAAAAAAGAAAUAUAAAAAUAUUAAUGAAAUUCCGUGAUUCAUAUUGAAAAUUUGAUUUUCCAGUCAAUCACAUGCAAGCAUCGUGAAAUAAAAAAAAAGACAUUAGAACGUCAAAUUUCAGAUCAAACUUUUCAAAAUGACAACGUCAAUUAGCGAAAUUAUGCUUGUAUAACUUAUUCACACGCGAAUAAACAUAAAAUUAAUUUGAAAAAAAAGAAAAGGAAAGAUAUACUUACAUAUAUAGAACUCUUUUUGAGCCAAGCUUGAAUAUUAAUAAAAAAAAUGCAGCAAUUGAUUAGGCUGGCAAAUUUUCUUGGUAUUGAAGAAAAUCUAAGCUGGACAUUACUAAAGUCCAUAUAUUAAAAUUUUUAAAGGCAUUUUUCCUACCUUGUCUCUGGUGCUUCAUAUUCUGUAACCACAUCUUUGAAGAAGAUAAAUGUGUACGUCGCUCGUCGCUGCCCAAGAAUGCGAAAAAGUACAAUCGAUUCAGAAACGAAUUGCAUCUGGACCGCGGAGACUUCUACAUCCACGUUUCCGGUGUUCAACAAACUGAUUGGAUACCCUGUGAACAGUUUUGUUCACGUAGACGUGUUAAAAGAGAUAAAAAUAGGCGUUCUAUUUUUUUUAAAAGAGGUACGGCUCGUUUAAGGUGUACUGAAGGCACGUUUCGCGUGCAUAAUAUUUAUGGCGAUGGGAAUUGCAUGUUUCGAGCGAUUAGCUACAUUUUAUGGCGAAACGAGGAUGAACACCGAUACCUGCGUUCAAUGGUCGUGCAACACAUCAAGGAAAAUUGGCACGAGUACGGGCCUUUCGUGAUAGCUGAAUGGAACAUAUCGGAUAGACAAACUUAUGACAAUUACAUGAGCAUGGUGGGCACAUUUGCCAGUGAACUCGAAUGCACGGUGGCCACCAAGUUAUAUGACAUGAAUCUGUCGAUUUAUCGCGAGAUAAACGACAGGCACGAGCUUAAACGAGUGUUUUACAAUCACGUUAGCUCUCACUUCGAGACAGCUAGGCUUUUAUUCACUGGAAACUCGGACAGCGGUCAUUAUGACGUGCUGGUUCCCGAUUGACGAAUGUUUUUCGAGCAAAAAAAAAAAAAGAUAAUAAUAAUAAUAAAAAAAAAAAAAAAAAAAGAAAAAAAAAAGAA